AGAUAGAUAGAUAGAUAGAUAGAUAGAUAGAUAGAUAGAUAGAUAGAUAGAUAGAUAGAUAGAUAGAAAGAAAAAAUGAUUUUAUCAAAUCGUAGGCAUUUUGCUCAUAGUUGGUGUACAUGGGGUUAACUUUUUCUCCUCUCCCUCUGCUUUAUCCCGAUAAUGGGAUGUGCCACCGAGUCUUCUGCUGUUAAGCUGCAGCAGGUCAUCAGAUUCAAUGGAAGAGGCGGUGCAACAAGGGCUGAGCCUAUUUGCAGGGAAGAUGAACUGCGGCUUCAGAGCUGCUGCCGCCGCUGCUGAAUUCAUCCCUAAGCAGCAGCUCUGACCGGCCUCCUCUGACACGUGGAUUUUCGUGGGUGAGAGGACCCACCGGUGUCCGGCUGAACAGACUCUUCGACGCCUGUGUGUGAGUGUGUGUGCCGCAGUCGGGCUCUGUCGGCCAGACCUCGUUCUCUCUGCUGGAUCGGGUAAUGGUCACUGUGAAAGAACUGGCUUUUUCUGCAAAGACAUCCGGAACACGCAUCCAUGCUCCAGGGCCGGUCUCCUGACAUGUCUGUGAUAACAUCAAGCCUGACUUCCAGGAUCUGUGAUAAGAAACCACGCACACAGGGCGGCAUGGGUGCGUCAUUACGGUUACUUCAUUGUAUUUUGCAGGCGAGGCUGUGGAGCGACGCUGCGCAAUGAAUCAGACCUCCGGGAUUUUGGCAAGUAGACGUUAUUGAUACAUAAACCCGACAACAUGGCUGAUCAGAGCAAUAUCCAAUCCGCCGCCUCCAAGAGUAUUCGGCCCUUCAAAUCCAGCGAGGAAUACCUGUAUGCCAUGAAGGAGGACCUGGCCGAAUGGCUCAAAACCCUUUACGACCUAGAUAUCACUGCGGACACAUUCAUGGACGCGCUGGAGACGGGCUGUGCCCUCUGUCGGCACGCCAACAACGUCAACCGCGCCGCUUACGACUUCCAGUUGGAACACCCGGGGGCUGCGCUCUCCAUGAAGGUUCCGUCCAAAGAUGUUGUCUUUCAGUCGCGCAAUGUCAUACAGGGAUCUUUCCUGGCCCGGGAUAAUGUGUCCAAUUUCAUCAGCUGGUGCAGACAAGAGCUGUGGAUCAAGGACGUGCUCAUGUUUGAAACCAACGACCUGGUGGAGAAGUGCAACGAGAAGAAUUUUGUUCUGUGUCUCCUUGAGGUGGCACGACGUGGGUCCAAAUUUGGCAUGUUGGCCCCCAUGUUGAUCCAACUGGAGGAAGAGAUAGAAGAGGAGAUCCGUGACCAGGAGAGCCUGCACAGCCAGGCCGGAGAGCCAAGUGAGAAGAGUUCCAACAUCAGGUGUUGUGGUAGAAAGGAGAGCAGUCAGAGCGUGGAGGACGAGGAGGAACCAGAGCCAGGACCUUUUGUCUGGCAGCAGGAGAGAGUUUUAUGUAAAAUGCGGAAUUUGGAUGAGUUGGUGAGUAAAGACACACUAACUCAGAUUAACUCCUUAAAUCAACCCAGUCUGUGACUUAAGUUUUUAUAUAACUUUGAAAACAGAAGAAAUAACAAACCACUUCAGCAGUAAUACACGGAGUUGUGUCGCAAAUGAAGCCCACCCUCUGGAAUCACCAUGCAGGUGUGAUGAAGAUCACUGGCUCCGUGGUGCGUCUCUGCCAUGUGGGUGUGUAUUUGUACCUACCUAGCUAAACUUUGUUUUCACUGUGAUCCCACUCUCCUGUCAGGACCAGUGUUUUUGUAAUGACUACAUUUAGAGGCACUGGUGGCCUAGUGGUAAAGGAAGCGGACUUCGGUCCGGAAGGCCCCAGGUUCAAAUCCACCAACUGUCAGGUUGC